GCCAAGAGCAAAUAUUUAUGAAAUUUUCAAAAAUAUCCUUGUAAUUUAUUACCUAUUCCUUAAACAGAAAGUGAGAUCCGUGCCCACCCAUGGAAAUAUUAUUCAAUAACCCGCUUGCCGCUGCGCUUCUUUGCUGGCAUCACUCCAUGCCUAACCGACAGAAUACGUUUUGAGCCGGAGCUGAGAUGCGGCUGUACAAGGAUUUGCUGGGGUCGGGAUAAGAUACCUGGAUGAGAAUGUUGAAGUAGGAAGCUAUUUUCGAAAAUAAAGUCUAGAUUUCUUCAUCACUUCCACCCAGUCUGCCUAAGCCAGCCAUGAGAUUGUCGCCCGCAUAAAUACCCCAAUCCGCACGGAAUUUAUCCCAAUCGUUGAUCGGUCGCGGUCUCUUUGGAUCGAGAAACGGGCUUCCUUAUUGCUGUUCUCCCAAUAUGAGAUUUUUAAAACCUACGUUGAGUUGGAGGUCCGGCGCCUGGCAGCCAGUAUCUCUGAAAACAUUGGCUGAAAACAAUAUUUGGCAUGCUGUCACACAUGGUAAGGACGGUGAAGUUGAAGAAACUCUAAAGCAAUGGGCCAUCUUAGACGAAGAUGACAAGGCCUCGCUAGUGAACACUUUCAGGAAUCUCGAAGAGGAAGAUAUCGAAAAUAUUCAGCCUCGAACUCGGGAUAUGAUGAACGAUAUCAAAAUAGGGGCUGGGUAUUCUCUUCUAUCUAUCGCCAUCUAUCGGAAUUUGCUUAGAGACGUCAAGUUCCUGGUCCAGCAGCCCGCCAUCUCCUUACAUACACCAAGCGGCAGUGAACGCCUUACACCGCUUCACAUAGCUAUCAUCAGAGAACAUUCCGAUUUAGUUUUCGAAAUUCUUCAUAAUCGCUCAACAGCGCCGUCACAGCUAGUUAAUACCCGUGACUACGAUGGAAGAACAUCACUACACCACGCAGUAAUGAAGUAUGGCUGGAACGAAGAAGAGCCUACAAGGAACAAAAGCCACAAAGUUGUCUUACGACUUCUUAAACAUGGAGCAAAUGUCGACGCACAGAAUCGUAGUUUCCACACACCUCUUCAUCUGCUUAUCAUCCAUGGUCCUGAUCGAGAGGCAAUGUCAUUUGCUCAACUCCUUCUAGAAAAUGGGGCUGAAGUAAAUACAAAAGAUGAGUACGGUGAUUCGCCCUUACAUAGUGCGUGUAGACGCGGGCAUCGUGGGCUCAUCCGACUACUGAUCGAUUGGGGUGCAGAUAUGGAUUGUCGUAACUUGGACUGGACAACACCCCAAGAUCUAUUCUUGAGUAGAGAUGACGUAUCCAAAGAUGAUAGAACUUUUGCUCUGGAUGUAUUUUCCAAGCUAAAGAAGCCAACCAUGACACGCGAGAGAGUUGGGAAUAUACCGCGGGGUCCUACAGAGUACCUUGAUGAGAUGAGAAACAUUUGUGCCGAAUUCCCUGUCUACUUCCGGUAUCAAUGGCCUGGGCUAGACCCUAAGCCAGACGGAAACACCUCUAUGUCAUGGAUUCGAAGUGACAUGAAAGUUUCUCAUGUCCUUUAUCCAAACCACGAAGAGGACGAGGAGACACUUGAACCCGUAGAUGGUGGGGAGGGUUUCCUUGUCAACUGCGAGAGAAGAUUCAAAUCGAAAGCUUGGAUGUGUUGGGAGGAAGAGUAUGGGAAUGACUUAGGUGAUAGACAUAGAGCUACUGGGCAAGAAAAUGGAAAAGACGAAAUUAGGAGUGUAGAAACACAGGACCAAGGACUCGAAGAUAAGAGGAAACAAGUCGAGGACGACGUGGGGAAGAAUUCUUGGAGAUGGAUCAACUUCCCAUCUAACAAUAUGACAUGGAUCAAGGACUUCAUUAUACACAACGCCAGAUACAAUGAGAACAAACAACUGGAUGGAAGAACAUGGCGGUUUUUCGAAGAGAAUAUCCGCAUCCAUGAGACAGACAGCUUAUACUCACGUGUUAGGAUCCCCCAUGCAAAGGCUAGCAACAGCCGGGAUAGGAACGAUAAGACGCUCCAGAGGAAGAAGGACAGCCCAAAGACAAAGAUAGCAGAUACUUCCAUUUCCAGUAUUACUACCACUGCGAAAGCGCAGGAUGAAAAGGAGGUAGAGCCCAGUGCAGUUCAGUCAUGGAAAAACACAGAUGCUUUUAUGCCCGGCAAGAUGUUUUCUUUGGUGGUGCCUUUUUUAGAUAUUGAGACAGAAGAUCAAGUCCAAUCAGGCUUCGACGGCCUUGAAACACAAUGUCAAAGAGUCAAGAAACUUAACGAGGUGUACUCUCCUUUUACAGGUAUGCACGGUGUCCAGCACUCUCAAACGUUGGAUCAGAUUUACUACAAUACCGAAAGUGAUGCCACAAAGUUGCAUACGGAGAAGGAACAAGUGAUAUACAGGUGGUCUAAGAAGAGAAACACAGAAAGGAAACAGUUUCAAGAGCUUCAAGAGCACCGAUCGCAGCAGCUUAAUCAAGCGCCAACUGAAGAGCACAAUAGUGCUUCCUCUUCACCAGGAGAAUCAAGCAGUAUCAACCAACCUACACCUCAAAAGAAGUUGUCAUUGUUAUUUCAUAAGCUAUGGCGGGAGUUAAGGGGCCAACAAGAGCAGCCCAGCCAAGCGCGAACUAAAGGGAACAAUAAUGCUUCUAUUUCUCCAGGAGAACCAAGCAGUAGUAACCAGCCUAUGCUUAGAAAGAAGUUAUCGGAAUUAUACAAGUUGUGGCAGAAGUUGCGGGGGCAACAAGAGCAACCUCCGCAGCUAAAUUCGUCAAAGGUAAUAGAUACACAACGACUAGAUACAGAUCCCAUAAGGCCAAGGAGGCAUGGCGGUAGAAACGCUAAAAAUGCCAACGCCAAGCGUAUCCGCGAGGAUCCUUCGCCGAAGUGGUUGAUGUCCCGGCAGUUGUGGUUAUGGAAACUUGAUGAUAAUACCAUUAUCACGGCGAUACCGUCUCGAGCAAACGGAAUGACGGCCGACACCCUUCUCGAGACAAUACGCCAGGGUAACCUAGAUAUCCUCACGACACCGAAUGACCUCAUUAAGCGCAUCCUAUAUGAAACGGUAUCAUUCCUUGACGAAUUCAAGUGGGCGGGACUUGGUAACCAUAUCCUAGAUAUUUUCGAAGGCGAGAUUGCGACUGAGACGGACCGAGAAGCCGGAUUCUUUAAGAACUUCAGCAGUGGCAAUUGGAGUCCAAAUAACGUCAACGGGUUUAUACAAGAAGCUGCUCACUGUACCUAUCGCGUUAGGGACAUCCGAGACGAGCUUCACCUGCUACGGCAAGUCUUCGAGACACAAGCCAAGGUAGUUGCGGAUUUCGCGGCAAUAUUUUGGCCUAGUAGUACCCCUGGAAGUCAAAAACAGGGGCAUAUUGCUUCGAAAGAUUUGCGGGAGAGCUUUAUUCGCGAUUGUGGUCUCCAGUCGCUCAUCCAACGGGUUAGGCGAAUGGAAAGCGAUGCGUCAACCACACUUGAGGGGUUGAGUACCAUCAUCCAAGCAAUGCAGGCCCAGGCAUCUCUCAAGGAAGCUGAACAAUCGCGGUUCUUGAAUCUCAUGAUUCUACCUUUCACAAUUAUAACGGUCAUAUUUACCCCGCUCUCUUUCCUCACGAGCCUCUUCGCAGUGAAUACUUUGGGUUUCCCGCACAAUGACGACGGCGAACUACGAUUGCCGGCCUCGUGGUUUUCUUGGAGAAUGGUCGUCGGCGAGGUUUCUUCUCUGCUUCCCCUUGGGCUGUUGGUCCUCUUGAUAUACUUUUGGUAUGGAAAUGAGAGUGAUAACGUUUCCUCCCAAAAUACGGCACGGAAACGUUCAAGCCUACGCAAAGUAGUAAAUCGGGAACAGCGGAGAUAUGCUGAUGUUUAAUGGGGACACCAGACCCUAUGAUUGCAACCCCUGAGACCCAGAUGGUCGCUCAACUAUUUACUAGUAGUACAUACCAUAAUGUUGGCUUUAUAAACUACUCCAUAUAGACUUUUGGCUAUACAAUUUAGAAUAUGCUAGCUUAUAGCUUUAAUUAAUAUAGCGGUCGUGUAUCGCUCUACUAGCUCCCACGAAAGGGGUGAUGGUAUAUGUUAAAGGGGCAGGCUGGAAAUAUAUUUCUUGUAACUUACCUAGACUACGGAAUAUAUUAAUCGGCACUUUAUUGAGA